UAAAUAGAGUUGCUCGCGAUUUUGAUAAAUCAUUUGUGAAUUGAACAUUGUAUACGCUAAAAUGAUUAAAAUCGUGCUUUUUGUCUGGAGUGUUGGUUUUUGCGUGUGUGAUCAGCCAUCAUGGAAUGUCGGCUAUAGAUAUAGUGUGCCGUUAGGAGAAUAUGGUGCACCGCCACUACCAACACCAUCGGUUCAGGUUUCAAAGGAAAAUGUUCAAUUUGUCGAACAGACAGUGGAAAUCAAUACGCCAAGUAAUCGUUAUCAACCGUCACAGUCAUCUCAAUUUAAACCAUCAAAUUCACCCUCGGUUGCAUUUUUACCAAAACCAGACCCGCCGAAACCAUUCCGUAGUUCAAUCCAAACCAAUGCCAAAUUCUCGAAGCCACGACAAUCUGGACUUAUCCAGCAACAAAGAGCACCUCUUGUGGCACAACUAUCCAAACAAAUACUUUCGACUGAAUAUGGUGCACCUCCGGCAAACUCAUAUCCCUAUCCACCAUCGAUUUCCGCUCCCUCUCCACCAGUUCACGAAGUGGUAGAUGAUACACCUCUACUAAUUGAAGAUGAUGAAGAAAACGACACAACCGAUCCCACCGUUAUUGCUGUUGCUAAUGCAAGUGGACGUUAUUAUAUCCUCGGAAAGGACAAUACACUUCAACGCGUCGUUUAUAAGACUACACGUACUGAAGAUGAUAACGUUCAUAAUGGAUUCACAGCUCAUUUGGAAUAUUCACCGGUGGAACCAAUUCGGGAUCCAGUUUACGGCUAUGACGAACAAGGUCAUUUAGUACGAAUUUAUAAUAAAAAGUAAAUUGAUUGUUUUUUUUUUUUCGUUUCUCUCAACAUUAAGUCGUACAUAUUGCAAGCGUGUGUGUCCAAAACAAAACAGAUAGUUUUGCGAAUGUGUCACAUACAUAUUUUUAUAUGUGCAAAUGUAUAGGUUUAUGUAGAAGAUUUAAUGUUUGUGCACUUCAAAAGUGUUCCAUAAAUGCGAACCAUUUUGGAAUGCAAAGUAAGUACAUUUCUGCAUAACUUCAUUUAAUGUGGAAAAUUGUAAUAAUUUAUUAUGUGUCCAGUGAUUGGCAAGAGUGACAAAAUAAAAAAAAGACUAUAUAAAUAUAA